UACCUAGUCAAUCCUUUUCACACUAUCGUCUUUGUCCGAAGACUCAUCUCCGUCGCCGAUUGCAAGAGUGAAAAGUUUUUGUUUCUACCCAUCAUCAUGCCUCAAGUCCCGACUGAUCGACGGGGUUCGGAAAUCCUUUACUCCCCAUAUCCACCUGCUGUGCCCCAGUUCACAGAACCUCAAGUACAACCACCGUCGGAUAUUGCUUCUCCUGUACCGGAAACGAGUACUCGUCCGACUAAACCACCUAGUAAGGCGGGAACUACUGCGGGUGUGAAAAGAGGAGCGGCGGCGGCUGGGGUGGCGGAUAAAUUAGAGGAUGGAGAGUAUAAAGUCGCAAGGGCCAUCUCCAGUUGUGUUCGUUGUAGAACGAGGAAACAGAAAUGUGAUGGUAAACUACCAGCAUGUAGCGCUUGUGAGAGAGCAAAAGUGGAGUGUAUAGGAUUUGAUGCUAUCAGCAAAAAGAAUAUCUCAAGAAAUUAUCUACACACUCUGGAACAAGAGAUUAGAUCUCUUAGAGCCCAAGUCGCCGCUCUCACAUCUGGCAACGGAGAACCCAGUAGUCAAAAUCGACGUUCAGUAGCCGCGGGUGCUUUUCAAGCUAUAUCUGGGUACACUCCUGAACGUGAUGACAACACACGUCCUACAACCCCUUGGGAUUCUCCUGCUCAUAAUUCAUAUCGACGUCAAUCGGAUUUCCCACCAUUACCUUCUCCAUUGGGAACUGAACCCCCUCGGUCUCCAUUCACGGCCCAACGGGUAUAUCCAUAUGGUCAACUCACCGGUGCACCUCCUUCGACGUCCCUCACUCGUAUGGUACAUGAUGCGGCACUACGUACUGGUCAUGCAGCAAACAAUGCUACCACACUCAAUCCACCAGGUCCAAGUAGCGUCGGAGGAUCAGGCAGCGAUAGAGGAGGAAGCGCUCUCGGAACGGAUUCCCCUACAACCGCUGUCCUAGAGGGCCCAUCGCCAGACACCAUCAAUGUACCUCCUUCCCCUGGAAUGACGGCGUUUCCAGGUGGUAGACCAUUACAUUCUGCAAGUCAAAUGCAAGCUCACAUGGUAUACACAACUUUAACACCAACUUCAUCCCAUGGAAAAGGCAAAAGAGUCAUUUCAAUCCCGCCGUUACCCCCUCAGUCAGCGGUAGAAAGAUUGGUAGCGGCUUAUGUCGACUUUGUCGGUGUUUCGGCGCCUAUCAUUCAUAUUCCGACUUUGGGCAAGCAGCUCAUGAAAUUGCGAGAAGGAACCGAUGUGGAGCCCGCGGACAUCUUCGUCGUCAUGAUGGUUCUUGCAUUGAGCACAAUGGCUUCUUCAAGAUUUGUGGAAUCUCCGGACGAGCUUCGGGCAUGUUCAGAAAUCUUUCAUGCAGAAGCGAUGAAACAUCUUGAUGCGGUAUUCGAAGAACAGAGUUAUGUCGGCCUUCAAGCUAUCCUUCUUCUCGUCUGGUACUCCCUCCUAAACCCCGAAAAAGGAUCUAUAUGGUUCCUCGUAGGACUAGCAACUCGCACUUGCGUCGAUCUGGGAUUACAUAACGAAUACAACGUUAAUGUUGCACAACUCGACGUGUUGGAAUUUGACAUGCGUCGCAGAUUGUUCUGGUGCACAUAUAAAAUGGAUCGGUUGUUGUCCCAAGCGUUGGGUAGACCCCCCAGUAUUCCAGAUGGGUUUAUCAAUGUACCGCUCCCAUCUUACAUCCAUGACGUCGACAUUAUCUCUGGCCAACGCACACUCUCAGGCGAAGAGUGUAGUUACAAAUGCGUUUUCAUUCACACCAUCAAAUUACGCAGAUUACAAUCCGAAAUCAUGUCCCGUACGUAUGGGAUUCAUGGAGAGCAACCUCCCCCAACAGAAUGGUACGAAGAAUGUUUUGAUCGAUUGAAAACUUGGCUUGCCACAGCUCCGGAGCCCAGAGGGACGGUGUCGAGUGAAGGUUAUGCGAUUUCUUUCCACAAUUCAAGCCUGUUACUCUUCCGCCCUUCACCCGGAUGUCCCCGACCAGGCGUCGGAGCUCUCAGGACCGUGUUAGCCAGUUCGAGUUAUAUCAUUCGUAUUUACCGUCGAAUGCAACUUAACAACCGGAUUUCGUGGUUAUGGAUGACUAGCCACUUCUCGUUCCUUGCUGGUCUCUCAUAUCUUUAUGCGUUCUUCAAUCUUUAUAGUAUGGGCGAGACUGGGUGUCCUAGUUUGGACGAGGCAACAAUGGAUGUAGAAAGUUGUUUGGCUGUGCUAGAGGGGUUGACAUCCCGUGUCCCGUCCGCCGGUGCAUGCCACGAGACCAUGGCCUCCGUCUCAUCCGCAAUAUUCGAUCAAUUAUCCAAAAUCGACCCAAUGCCCAUGCCCACCCAAACCACACGUUCCCAUUCCUCCGGCUCCACCUCGCCCGGUCGUAUGAUCCGUUCAGCUCCCAUCUCUUCGUCACGAGAUGAUCCCUUGCCCAACGAAACCUUCCCAGCCCCACUCCCUCCAAUCACACUACCAUACGAUCUUUCCCUCCUUGACAACCUAUUCCGUAAUCCCAUGGCGGCACAUAACAAAGCGUCAGAUUACACGAAUGGCCGACAACGUGGUAGAGGUCAAGAACAAGGUACUGUACCAGGUUCAACAGCUUCUUUCGGGAAACCACAUGGUACGACUGAGGAUAUAGGUUUAGGACCUUAUGGUAUGGCCGCUCAAGUUAGUUUACAUGGUUUACCACAUGGUCACGGACACGGACAUGGUCAUGGUCAUUCUACAGGUAUGGGUAUGGGGAAUGGGGGAUGGGAAGGUCAAAUGGGAAUACCUCAAGGGACGGAAGGAGAAGGAGGAAUGGAUAUAUUCAGUUUUUUGAUGGAUGAAGAAGGUGGUUUAGGUGCUGGUAAUUGGGAAAAUCUAGAAGUUCCACCGGAUUUUUCACUUUGGACGUGAUUCUUGACACACCAUUUCGGUGAUGCUCGGUUUUGGGUUUUGAGUUUUGGGCGUUGAGAGAGAAAUGGUGUAUGAAGGUUGCAAUUUUCAUCUUGGGUAAAUACAGGUCUUGGGCAAUUGGAUCAUAUCAUUAGUAUUCAUGUAUGAUAAUUUUCUCCU